AUGGCCGAGGGUGAUCAUUCUCCAAAGAAGAUAUCAAAGAAUGGACCCUUUGAGGAAAUAGUUAAUCCUCACAAGGAAGGAUUUAAAUUCAGCGAAGAACCUUCUCUUGAAAAAAUACGAGAACUCCAGUCGAUAUUUGCUAAGGAAAGAAAUUGGGAACAGUACCACACUCCUAGAAAUAUUUUACUUGCCUUGGUCGGGGAGGUAGGCGAACUGGCGGAAAUAUUUCAGUGGAAAGGCGAAGUAAAGGAAGGAAUACCAAAUUUUACGGACAAGGAGAGGACACACGUAGGCCAGGAAAUGAGUGACGUCAUGCUUUACCUAGUUCGUCUUGCUGAUAGGUGCCAUGUCGAUCUCCCAUCAGCGGUACUCAGCAAGCUUGAGCAAAACAGACAGAAAUAUCCAGUUGACAAAGUGUAUGGAAAAAGUGAAAAAUACACAGAAUAUCAAUGACUGGAGUCCCUUGAACCAAUUUAAUUUGCUGUAAACUGAGAGCCGAUAUGACAACAAUUCGGAAGUCGACUCUGCCAGGUUUCCCAGGAAGCAGUGACAAUAUCCAGGGACUACAGUUUUGAUGUAAAAUAUCCGUCAAACACAUUUACCAAAUAGCAAAACAGAAAUAAAGGCAAU